GGAGGCGGCGGGAGGCGGCGGCGGCGGGGUCGGCGAUGGCUUUCGAGGCGCUGGCGGAGGCGGCGGAGCGGUGGUGCGCCCGCACGCCCUUCCAGCUCAUCGCCGCCGAGGAAACGGAGCGGCGCAUGGACUUCUACGCCGAGCCCGGCGUCUCCUUCUACGUGCUGUGCCCGGAGGCCGCCUGCGGGGACAAUUUCCACGUGUGGAGCGAAAGUGAAGACUGCUUACCUUUUCUGCAGCUCGCACAGGAUUACAUCUCCUCCUGUGGGAAAAAGACACUCCAUGAAAUAUUGGAAAAAGUCUUCAAAUCCUUCAGACCUUUACUUGGGCUUCCAGAUGUUGAUGAUGAUGCAUUUGAAGAAUAUAACGCAGAUGUGGAAGAAGAGGAACCAGAAGCUGAUCACCAACAGAUGGGUGUCAGUCAGCAGUGAUUUUCUGAGAAGCUAAAAUAAUUCGGAAGCCUUUGGUACCAGGUGGGGUCAGGUGGUCCCACGUUAGCCUGUUCGAAUUAGCACAUCACAAGGGGAUAUCUGGCUGCCAAGAUAAAAGUUUCACAAAAAAUGGUUUUAAAAAAAAAAAUAAUAAUAAUAAUAAUUUGUGAUGAGCUUUGCUAAGAAGUGACCUGAAUUUUGCUCCUGCUUCAGUGGGUUUUCUAUGGAGUUGUCUUGGUAGCAUUCUGCCGCUAUCAGUCUAGAAGUAGUUUUGUUGCUGACUUGUCUCUUCGAUUUGUGCUCGAGAGUAGCAUUCGCUGACGUGAAUGUAGAGUACUGAGAAUGUAGGAAACGUGUGGUGAGAGUGCCGAGUCCUCACCGGUGACCUUUCCAAGGAAACCAGCGCAGAGAGCAAACACCACACAACCUGCGCUCUUCUAUUUAGUUCAACAGCUAUAGUUUUUGAAAAAGUACCAAACUUGGAGAAACUUCUCCUUAAAAACAGUAGUUUAAUAGUGGUUGGUGCUGCAGAAGUGCAUGUGAAGGCUUAACAAAAAUAAUGGGAAGUGGGAAAUCCAGGGGGUGUCAGACAUAUUAAUGUUGUUUUACUGACACCUGAGUUUACAAGUGCUGAAUUAAUAACUGGGAGUAAUGUGUAUCAGCAGCACACAUUAUUGUCAGCCCUGGUACUCAAAACACCAUGUGAUCCAAAGGCAAGUGCUGCUUUCUUACAAAUGAAGUAAAAAAUAGCCAUUGCCUAUCUCACUUCUGCAUGACAACCAACUUUAAGCUUCGCUGGUUUUGAUACACUGCCAAAUUAUUACUCAAACCUCGUGGCAUCGUGAAUUAGAAUCAUAAAAUAUACUGAGUUUGAAGAGACCCAUAA